UAGAACUUAGAACCCGAAGAAAAACGCGCAGACUAGGGUUUUGCAUUGAAGAAAUCGAGGACGACGAUGGACGAGCCCCGGAGAAUUCUCGAGUUCUUCAGCGGCAUUGGUGGAAUGAGAUACUCGCUGGUGAAAUCUGGUAUCCGGGCGGAGAUUGUUGAAGCUUUCGAUAUCAACAACACUGCCAACGAUGUCUACCAGCACAAUUUUGGCCAUCGCCCUUUCCAGGGAAAUAUUCAAAGCCUCACUGCUUCUGAAUUAGAUAAGUAUAGAGCUCACGCAUGGCUUCUUUCUCCCCCAUGUCAACCAUAUACACGGCAAGGUCUUCAGAAACACUCAGCUGAUCCACGAGCAUUCUCUUUUGUGAAGAUUAUUGAGCUUAUCCCUGGCAUGUUUCGGCCGCCGAUGAUGAUAUUUGUGGAAAAUGUGGUUGGUUUUGAGACUUCUGAUACACAUGAGAAAAUGGCCAAAAAUUUUUCUGAGAUUGGAUUUGUUACGCAGGAGUUUAUCUUGAGCCCUUUGCAAUUCGGAGUACCAUAUUCUAGGCCCCGCUACUUUUGCCUGGCAAAAAGGAAACCCUUUUCCUUUCCCAAUCCAUCUUUCAAUGGCCAACUGCUUUGGACACCAAUUCCACUUCUUACAUCAGGCAGUAUGGAAUUGAUGGAUGGACGACACACUUACUAUGAUGUAAAGUUGGAGGAUUAUUGUGAACCAAUAAGUAGUUUCCUCGAGACAAAGACUUCAUAUGAUCAUAGGCCAGUGUAUCCCACUGUCAAUGCUUGCCAUGAAUGUAACAACUUGAUAGGGGGUUAUAAACAACUUAACAGUGACUCCUCAAUCAAUAUUUGCACAUAUGAAGAUGACAACCACAAAAAUGUAGAAGAUUUUCAAGGAGCCCAUGACAUAGAGAAUUCCCUGGACAUGUAUACCGUCCCGCCAAGCUUGAUUGAGAGGUGGGGAAGUGCAAUGGAUAUUGUGUACCCUAAUUCAAAACGCUGUUGUUGUUUCACCAAAAGCUAUUACCGCUAUGUGAAGGGCACAGGAUCCUUAUUGGCGACUGUUGAAGUUAUGGACUCAAAAUCAAGCAAUCCUGGGGUAUCAUCCUUGAAAGAGCUGAGUCUUCGAUAUUUCACACCUCGAGAGGUUGCUAAUAUGCAUUCCUUUCCAAGGGAGUUCCACUUCCCCCCACAUGUCAGCCUUCGACAACAGUAUGCUCUAUUGGGAAACAGUCUGAGCGUAGCAGUGGUGGCUCCGUUGCUCCAAUAUCUGUUUACUGAACCUUCAUAGCUGCACGUCAGCCGUACUAUUAUCGAUGGGAAACACUGCUGGCAUCUGCUGUUUAGAAAUCUGGAUGAGCUUUUGUCCAAAAGCUUCUUACCUCCCAAACCAUAACGGCUGAACAGGAAGAGGACACAACUCUGCUGCUCAAAUGAUGGAGAGCAGCCAUAAGAAAUUUUUAUAAGAGACUGCUAACUGAGAUAUUUGUCAAGGAGUGAGUGUAAAAGCAUUAUAGAGUUGAUAAAUGAGUGUGUAAAAGGGCUUAUCAAAUUGAAUGCAGACCAAACUUCACUUUUUUUAUUCACAUAAAGUUAAUGUUUCUUGUCCUUAACGUAGCCCCAUUGUAUGAGUUUCUACUGUGUGGGGUCCGUGCUGCUUAGUGUGGGCCCGGAUUCUGUUAAAACGGUUGCGCUUUUCGGGAUCAUGCAAUGAACUCGGAUCUGAAUGACAAGUGUCCAGUUCUCCGUUACUCGAUUCGCGGAUCCGGAUCUUGGUUUAAUCUGCGUCCGAAUCCGCAUAUCAUAUCCUUCCGAACAAAGAUAAUCCAAGGCGUGCAUCCACGAGAUUUCCAUUCUCUUCUCAACGAUGCAUCGGUCCGCGAGCACGACGCGAGCUUCGGAGGAGUACCUUGUGAGCCUGGCGCAGGGCGGGCCAAGGUCGGCUAUGGAGAUGGACCAGUUGCCGACCUACGACCCCCAGUCGGAGACCGCCAAGAAGGAGGCUCUUCGGGCUCGCUUUGCCGAGAACAUGGUUCAUGUCAUCCCUUUGGUCAUCGUCUUCUGUGCCUUGGUCCUCUGGUUCUUCUCCUAUCCGGAUAUUGAUUUUGCAAGCAAAGAUGAUGCCAUUCUUGCCAGAAUCAAGAACUUGACGAUUGAUGGAUAUAGCAACUGGAAUGGUACAUCAAUGGCAAUUAGUCUCGGGAGUGCGGAUGCGAUUGAUGCUACUGGUGUGGAACAAACUGGAAGUGAGUUGGAGAACAAAGAACUCGGGUAAGAAGAAAUGGCUUCUUGAUCCUUCUAAUGAAGAAGCUUCUUGCUUCCUGACAAACAGUGUAAUUCUGAUAGUUUUCUUAGCAGCGGCAACUUUAUUCAUAGGUUUAGACCUCAAGCUUGAGUUACUCUUAAAGAUAAUAACAAUGGCUCUCAUAGCAUUGUGGCCUAAAAUUCUGAUUAGCUUUGCAGUCAAUUAGUAUUCAUUGCUUACUUUGGAUGAAUAAAUUUGGAUUUGAAUAGAAACAGUGAUCAAUUUAUGUGUCAUUAAAGGGAGAGUAUUUCAAUUAGUGGUUUGCAUUUGAUUGUGUAUGCUUGGCACUGCAUUGAUUUUGUCAUGUCUUCAGAUGGUUGUGAAGAAUGAAGAUUGAUGAGAAUAGUUUCAUACUGUUGGUA